AAGCAUUGUGGACAUGGUUGAAGGGUGGAGCUUCUAUAUUCUCCAGAACGUCCAUGAAGCUCCAGUCAGAGGGCGAGUCCGUCUCAUCCAAGCGUCUUCCAGGGCCCACCACGGCCCCACAAUCCAGCAACCCACCCCAUAACCCAACACCCCCUUGUGCACCAACAGAAAUCCACCGAAGCAGGACCUGAGACCUUCGGCAGUUCUAGUCUAGGGUCCUCACUGGGUUACAAGGACAAGCAUGGCCGACAAACUGGGACUGGCAGGUGUGGCGGACGAGCCCAGCACCCUGAACAUCUUCACUCUGCUGGAGAGGGUGUCUGGGAUCAUAGACAAUGUGCAGGCGUGCCAGCAACGCAUGGAGGAGAGGCAGCUGGAGCUGGAGAACACCGUGAAGACCAUCCAGGUGGACGUGGUGAAGUUGACGAAGGAGCACACGGCGACGAGUAGCACCGUGGAGAAACUUCUAGAGAAAACACGCAAGGUCAGCUGCCACGUCAAGGACGUUCGUGUACGGGUGGAGAAGCAGAACAUACGUGUCAAGAAAGUGGAGGAAACCCAAGUCGAGCUGCUGAACAAGAACAAGUUCCGUGUCGUCAUCUACCAGGGAGAUAAUAAGGUUCCAGCUGUACCUGCUUCUAAAGCAUCUCCGAAGGGAGCAACGGGCGGAGAUGCUUCUUUAGACCCUGAUGCCCCGGAGGCCCUGCUUCCAGACUCAGAUGAGGAAUACAUGGUGGUUGAGGAGGCAGAAUCAUCUACUGCUGCCAAACUAAAGAAGACCGGCCUGAAGGGCAUCGAAAGCCUGAAGCAGACCUUCUCCCGUGAGAACAUGACCAAGACCAAAGAGAAUCUGGGCACCAAGGUCAACAAGCUGGGUGAGCGCAUAGUAACGGCCGAACGGCGUGAGAAAAUCCGCCAGUCUGGCGAGCGUUUCAAGGAAACCAUCACGAAAACCGUGCCAGCAAAACUCAACCUGAAGAAGGAAAGGACGGUGGCUGAAGGUCGGGAAGGAGCAGAAGGGACCACGGAAGGAACGGCACCCGUCCCACCACCGAAGGGCCGCAAGGCCAGCCCUGGCGUGGCCUACACGGAGCCAACGGAGAAACAAGAAGGUCCAGAUGAGGGCAAGGGCGAGGAAUCAGAAGUGCCGAUGUAUGAUAUGAAGCAGCUUUCUUAAGCGGCAAGUCUUGACAGUCAGCUUUGGGAAAGACUCAUGUACAGAUAUGAAUUAGAUUAUGGAGAACUUGAAGGUGGAAAGAUUGGGAAGAUGAGAGAUCUUGCUUCCAAGUGUGUGGAUAAGUGGAUGGUUCAAACGACAACUGAAUGAACGAAUUAAGGAAGUUGUACAUUACAAAGAAUAUCCUAGUUUCUUUUUUUUUUUCUUGUUUACAUCUGUUAUGGACUAUGAAGGGUUAUAAACUGUGUUAAACUAUGUACUGAGAUGACUAGGCUAUGGUUUUUAAUAUAAAUUCAGCCAAAAAAAUGGUGCACUCAGUGAUUUUCUUUGUCUUUAUACUGCCACCUAUGGGAGUGGAUGCAGCAUCAUGAAAAAUCAAGGUAGCGUAGUAGAUCCACUACAUGUAGAGUAAAACAGAUUUUUUGAUGUCUAAAAAUUGUUGAGGAAAAAUGACUGAGUGCACCUUUUAUGGAUUGACAUUAUUUGUUAGGUGUGUGUACAAAUAUUUUUAAGAAAUUUCUUUGAAUAGCUGAAUUUACAAAUAAUUCGCAGAGAAGUAGAUUUUGGACUUUCUCUGGAGAACUUUAAAUAUAUUCUGGUGUCAACUGACAUCCAGCAUGUCAACAGUGGAUGAGUUAAGAAUUAAAUUUUUCAAUUUAGAUGUAGUGGUUUUUGGAAUAUGACUAAAUGUGCAGAAAAGACAUUUGUAAACAAUAUUUUUUUCUGUGCCUUUCUGUGUAAACUCUGAAAAACAACUUUUGCAGUCUAACCUUGGUGAUGAAACCACCAUUCAGUUGUAGUAUUUUUAAAUAAACAUAUUAACUCAAUCAGCUGGUUUCUGAAGAGUUUCUGGGAAAAAUGCAUUUAGUGUAUUAGUAAUCAAGACUGAUUAUAGAGCUUUGCAAUCAGUCUGAUUUUGAAGGAUCACAGUAGUAAAAGAAAGUGUUGCUGAAUGGCAAUUUUUUAUUUCCUAUUAUGCAGUUUUCCAAACUUUUUUAUUGGGGGAUGGAGAAAAUCAUCAACGUUUUAAUGAUAAAAAGCAUGGACUAGCACCAUGAGAUUGUCUUUACACUGUUUUAGUCACACUUUAAACUUUAUGAUAUGCAUGAAACGUGCAUGUGUGAAUAAAGAACAUUUCACUCAAGAACACUAGUUGUAAUGAAACAAUGAUGUUUCUUAUAUUUUAUUUUUCGUCAUAUAUACACAGUUUGGACACUGCUGCUAUAAUGUGAAUUAACAUAAAUGCAUUGCAAAAAUAGCAAUCCCAGAUAGACUACUAUAGGGGCAUUUCUGAAUAGUUCAAGGAAAACUGCUACAUUCAGCAGCAUGUUUGUGCAAAUCAUUGUGUAUAUUUAAACUCCAAUAAAAUCUCUUCCAUCUUAUGUGAAAAUUCAAGUGUGCAUCCAAUUUCAACACACUAAAGCAGAAUGGCAAAAUAAUAGUCACAAG